AUGAAGAGAAGGUUCCACAAAGUUUGCACUUCUCUAAAAGAACAAAGUAAUGUAAGUUAUGCAAAGAUUGCUUCUGCUGCAGGCUUCUCUGAUAUGAAUCUCAUCAUCAUAAAGGCGACAUCACCGGAUGAUUUACCGGUUCAUGAAAAAUAUAUUCAAUAUUUUUUGAAACUCUUUUCAUUAUCUCCAUCUUCAUGUCAUUCGUUUGCCAUAAGCUUUACGCGUAGAUUUGGAACUACUCGUAGUUGGAGAGUAGCGUUAAAGUCGUUGAUUCUUCUUCAUCGUCUUCUUCGUUCAGUUCAAGGAAACUCUCCUUUAUGGGCUGAACUGUUAUGGACUCGUUCCAAUGGUUUGAUCUCUCUUUAUCCUUGUCAUUUCAAGGAUGCUACUUCUUCUUCAUCUACUUGUUCCAUUUCAUACACAAAUUUUGUUAGUUCUUAUGCGCAAUUACUCGAUGAAGCUCUUAACUGUGUUGCGUUGGACAGCAAGAAACUUGACAAACAGAAAUGCCAGGAAGAAAAAAGUGAAACUUUUCAAGAAAAAAUGAAGGAAAUGGGUGAGAUACUUGAAAUUUUGCCACAACUUCAAAGUAUUAUUGAUAGGGUGAUCGAUUGUUACCCUAUAGGAGUAGCAACAAGAAGUUUCAUUGUUCAGUCUGCAAUGAAACACAUAAUUCGCGACAGUUUCGUUUGUUACACAAAGUUUAGAGCAGAAAUUGUUAUUGUUUUGGAGAAUCUUUUUGAGAUGUCUUAUAGAAACUGCAUAGCUGCAUUCAACAUAUACAAGAAAUCAGCAGUGCAAACAAAUAAGCUUUGUGAGUUUUAUGAAUGGUGUAAAGCAAGAGGGUUGUGUGGUUACUAUGAAUAUCCUUUGUUGGAACCAAUUCCAGGUAUACAAAUCAAAGCCUUGGAAAGUUUUCUGAGUGGUAUGUGGCAGUUGACAGAGUCUAGUUCGUCGUCGAUGUCUGAUCAGGAGUCUAGUUCGGUUUUUACGGAAGAUGAUAAACAACAAAAAGAGAUGAUGAAAAGUAAUGAAGAGGAGAAGCCUUUGAUUGAUCUAGAAGGUGAAUAUGAUGAUGAUGUUAGUUGGGAGACAAUGUUGGAAUCUUCUGUUAGUUUUUGUCAUUCUUAUGAUCAAAAUGAUUUGUUCAGUUCUAAUCCUUUCUCUCAGCAAAGUUAUGAAUCAAGUUAUUAUGGGAGAUUUGCUCUCAACCCUGCGUAUCCUUGGGGUCUAUAA